AGAUUGUCAAAAAGGUAAAUACUAUGACUUUGUAGUUUCGAUAACACGGUUGGUGUCUGCACUGUGUUGUAACAGAGAACCAUUACGCAUUGGCACGGGCAUAUCAUUAUGGGAGGAAUUAAACAGGAACAUGGUGAUGCGCAGCAGCACAAGUCCUCACACUCACCCGAUCAGCCGGCAGAAGAGCCAAAGAAAAGAGGCUGGCCAAAGGGGAAAAAAAGAAAGAAGGUACUACCAAAUGGCCCUAAAGCUCCUGUCACUGGAUAUGUAAGAUUCUUAAAUGAACGGCGAGAACUUAUGCGGGCCCAGUACCCUGAUUUACCAUUCCCAGAAAUUACCAAGAGACUUGGAGCUGAGUGGACAAGAUUACCCCCCCAUGAUAAACAGCGCUACCUAGAUGAAGCUGAACGUGAGAAAAUGCAGUAUGCUCAGGAGCUGAAAGAGUAUCAGCAGACAGAGGCCUUCCAUCUCACAAAUGCCAAAAUACAAGACAAGAGAGUAAAAAAAGAAGACGCCCCAUCAGCCUCUGUAACUGUCAAUUCUGGACUCUCUUUAUCAAAGGCCCCUGAACUCCCCAGCAGAUUUGAUGUUCCUAUUUUCACCGAGGAGUUUCUUGAUCAGAAUAAAGCUCGAGAGGCUGAACUGCGCCGUCUCCGAAAGGCAAAUAUAGAGUUUGAAGAGCAGAAUGCAGUGCUGCAGAGACACAUUAAGGACAUGUACAAUGCCAAGGAGCGGCUGGAGGCAGAGCUGGGCCAGGAUGAGCAAAGAACUCAAGCUCUACAGAAACACCUGCAGGCCAUUAAACAAACACUGGUCAACAGUCUAUCAACAGUCCCCUUACCAGGUUCAGGUGAAACUGCAUCUCUUGGUAACUUGGAUUCAUAUUUGAGUCGUCUCAGUGGAGUCCUGGAGGGAAACCCAGAUAGACACCGUGCCUUGCUACGACAACUUUGUGAGGUUUUAUCACAUUUUGACAGUGAGAAAUUAUAAAAAGGAGUCUUUCAAGGAUCAAAAUAAUUUGCUUUGUUACAAAUUCUGUGCCAUAAAGUUGACGUGGACAAGCUGACUGUCACAUUACCUACUAUGAACAUACCAGAGGAAACGGCCUGUUUAUAGCCCUUUGUUAUUUUGGAAUGAAAAAAGUUGAUGAUAUGCUGUACUGUCAGUUUGUGUUUAGACAGAUAAGAUAGCAACUUAUUAUAGUAUACUUAUUUUUUACCAUGUACUAAAAUAUGAUGGAAACCUAGUUAAGUAUUUCUGUUAGGGUUAUGCUAAGAUAAUUUAGGCAUUAGCAACAUAACCUUCUAAAUAUUUACAUUUUUAUAAUAUGUAUAAAACAGAUUACUUCAUUUUGGUCCAGACUACUAUAUAUUGGUAUCAGUUCCUAACUGCAACUAGGAUACAAUUAUUGUUUCCUCUUUUAUCACAUCUUGCCAGGCUCUUGUACUGGAUAUUAGACAGUUAAUGAAAUUGCUAUAACAUCUACUGUCUAGUUUUGGUAAACUGGUGCAAAUUAUAAUCUACUUCAGUUUUCUGAAUGCAGAAGAGCAACCUGAUUAGGUUGACAUUUGACAGGAGACAGCCUUUGGUAUACAUUUUUAAUUUUGAAGUAGUUGUAUAAAUCCAUGCACCAUUUUUUUAAUACAGUAAUUCCAUUGAGAUCGUAUUUGCCUUGAAAAUGUCUGUAUAAAUUAUGGCUGAUUUACAGUUUAUGGUUUUGUGAGAAUGCUGGAAGUAAUAAUGUGAAACUGCAGUAAUAAUGUGAGCAGGGUUUAAUUUUGUAUUGCAUUGUUUAUUAAAAAGAUUUUAG